UGACGUGUGCAUUUGUGCAUUGUGGUUGUAUUUAUCGAAGAAUUAACAAAUUACAGACUACGUUGACUAUAUUAAAGAAUAAACCAUCUUGAAGCUGUACGAGUUCCUAAAGGCUAAAGACAAUUUUGUCGAAGAGUCCGCGGUUCGUUCCUGUAGAGACAUGCACUACAGUCUCUGGCGCUGUUAAAGUUUGUUCUACCUGGUACAACUACAGUAAAGAAAGUGUGGACGCAGCAGAAAAAAGUCUUCUAAUUCCUGUUUAAUGGCAAUGAGUUAUAAGUUUCGCAAUUGCGUAAGAUUAAUAGUAGUGGGUUUGUUGUUAACAACGAUGUUGACUUGGAACAAAAUUAGAUUCCAACAGAAAUUGUUUUACUGUGAUAAACAUUGUUCACCUUUACUUAAAACUGAAGAAAAUAAGACAAAGAUACAUCUUAUUACAAACUAUGCUUUAAUGUACGAGCCACCUUGGAAUCAAAGUCAAACUGAAAACAGUAUGGAGAGGAUGCAAGAAAGGCAAAUUGAGCUGGAAGAAACUUUGCAAAGAAAUCUUAACCAUUAUAUGAUUGGAAGUGUUCAUGUUAUUGUCAAUCAAGAAAAAGCAGAAAAGAGAUUGAUCGAGCUCGAUUUAUUCAACAAACACAAGUUACACGUCGGUCGUAUUGAAACAAUGCCGACUUUCAAGGAUUUUUUCCAAUAUAUACGAGAUGAUCUGCUAAAUAGGAUUGUGGUUCUUACUAAUAUGGAUAUCUACCUUGGAGAAGGUUUUGAAAAACUGAAUCAUAGUUUAUUCCUUAAAUAUAAAGUUAUUUAUGUGUUAACCCGGCAUGGAAGACGGGAAGAACGUUGUGAUAUGUUUAACAAGCCCCGUUAUUGCGGUACUGGAAAAGUUGUUUCCCACGAUACUUAUGUUCUUCUUCCACAAGCAGAUGACUUCAACCAAAAUAUUUUGAAUGAGAUGAAUUAUCCAAUGAACUUAAUGAAAGCUGAAUACAGAUUGGCAUGGAUUUUUAAAAAUUUGAUGAAUAGAAAACUAGUAAAUCCGUGCAAACUGUUGAAAACCUACCACAAUCAUUGCAUAAAUAUUCAUGGAAAGCAUAGACCAAGCAUUGAAAAAUCUAGAAAGAGACUUCUAAAAGUUUCUCCAGCAAAUACGUUAUUACCUUGACAAAAUUUUUUAAAAAAACUGUGAGCUGUAAAAUGCUUGUCAAACUAUGUGUCGGCUCGUUGAAUACGUAUACAGUUCAAGUCAAGACAUGUAGUUUCGAUGGACUGAGUAGAGAAACACACAGUGGGCUUUUAUUAGUUUUCAAUUUUUUGAUAUUUGGUCAUUUACGAAUAAGUGGAUGUUGCAUAUAUAUUACUGCUAUAUACAUCCCUGAUUCCUGUUAGCAACUUAGCAAUGUUUUUUUGUGAAACUUUAAAAAGUCGUAUGAAUGCAAAUAAAAGAAGUUUGACUCACACCAGGUUUCAUAUAGGAUUGAAAUGUAUAUGUGAUACAACCACGCAUUAGUAUCAGGCAUGCUAUUAAUAUUUUUACUGUUUACAAUAUAUGCAGAAUUUGCGCAUGUGUUUUGAAUGCGGUGUAAUUACGACAACAUUAAUUUGAUAUUAUCAUGUAAACAAACUGCAGAAGUAAAAAGUUGAAGUUUAUUUAAUGAUAAAGAAAAAAUUUUACGCCCUGAGCAGCUUACUGUAUAUUAAACUAUGGUCGUUAUAGAAGUCCAUGGAUAAAGAAUUUUUCAUUUAUAUCUCCUCCGUUUAGCUCCAAGAGUAAACACUUUGCUUAAGAUUUACUACUUUUAUUACAACUAUUGUAUUUGAUCUUGUCUUGACAAAAUAUUGAAGUAAUCUUUCCUAACAA